UUUCACACGAUAAUAAAUAAUUUAUCACCGUGUCUGUCGAUUAUUGCCCACAAUAAACACAAAUCCUCCUUAUUUAACAAGGUCACACAUUAUUACACCUGAACACUCGUUCUCGGAGUGAUUUUAACGAUUUAUUUCCACAUUUCACUCCGUUCCACUUCAGUUCAGUCACGAUUUUGCUCUAUAACACAAAAUACACUAUAAACAAUUAAAUAACUCUCAAAAUGUCGAAAUUAGCCGGUCGUGCUCUUCAUUACGUCUUUAAAAUUGGCGAUCGCAAUGCCACAAGCCACUUUUACCGCGAUAUUCUCGGCAUGAAAGUUUUGCGUCAUGAAGAAUUCGCUGAUGGUUGUGAGGCGACUUGCAAUGGACCGUAUGCUAACCGCUGGAGUAAGACUAUGGUUGGUUAUGGCUCGGAAGAUACUCAUUUUGUUGUUGAGUUGACCUACAAUUAUCCUGUGAAGCAGUAUGACCUUGGCAAUGACUUUAUUGGGAUUACAAUCAAGAGUAGAGAGGCUUUGGAGAGAGCAAAGCAACAUGAUUAUCCUAUUCAUGAAGGGAAUGUGUUGAAAGCACCAGAUGGGUAUAGGUUUUUUAUUUUGGAUGAACCACAACCAACUGAUCAAGAUCCUGUUCAAAAAGUGACACUUGCCAGUACAAAUCUUGAAAGAUCCAUUGCCUAUUGGCAUAAGUUACUUGGUUUGGACAUUUAUCAUCAGGAGAAAAACAAGGUCACUGUGGGAUUUGCUCCAGAGCAAGCAAAAUUGGAAUUACAACUUAUAGAUGAGCCCUUAAACCGUGCUCAAGCUUACGGGCGUAUAGCUUUCACCAUUCCUUUCAACCAACAAGAAGACGUUGAUGCUCGUGUCAAAGCCGCUAAUGAAACUGUUUUAAAUUCUUUGAUUUCCUUAGACACUCCUGGAAAAGCCACAGUUCGUGUGGUAAUCCUUGCUGAUCCCGACGGUCAUGAAAUCUGCUUUGUCGACGAUGAAAAUUACAGGAAACUGUCCGUUUUUGAUCCCGAAGGUGAGAAACUCCUCGAUAGAUACAUGAAAAAAGAUCUUAGAGAUCGUCAGUAAUUAAUUUAAAUCAUAAAAAUGUUAAUUACACUUAGUUAUGGUCCCGGGAACACGUUUAUAAAUGUAUAAUAUAAAGAUAAUAACAAUUGAUUGAUAAAAACGUUAAAAAAUCGCAUAUUUUGUACAUUAACCUAAAAAUCUCUUAUUUUUUAUAAUUUUGAUGUGUUGUGUUUAUUGUGGAUGAUAUCAUGCCACCAUUUUGGUCGAGUCAGGUUUCCUUCACCUUGAAAGAUGGAGUUUUUCAAGUGUUCGUAUACUUGACCAUCAGAGUUGCCCAAAAUAGAAUUUAGGAUGAAAUCAUCGGGAGCAAUGGCGUCUA